AUGAAUCCAUCCAACCCAUUUGGAAGCCCACAAGGUUUCCAAGCGACGAGCAACACUAACGCUAGUUUAUUCCAGCCAUUUGGGCAGCAAAGCCCCAACAGGCUGCCUCAGAAUGUGGGUGGUUUUCAAUCAUCAGCGUUUGGCCUACCGACGGCAUCAAAAUUGCCUGGGAACACCAUGUUUGGACAGGGUCCUUCAUUUGGGCAGCAAACAUCACAAACCUCAUCGCUUCCGAGUCACACUCCAGCUUUCGGGCAGCUAACAGUGGGAGGAAGCAACUCUGGCUUCGCUAGUACUUUUGGCGGAUCUAGCCAGACUUCUGCUUUUGGGCAGACACCUGCCUUUGGACAGCAGCAGACUGCUUUUGGUCAGGACUCAAGUUUUGGACAGCUGUCUUCAGGCUUUGGGCAAAAGCUCCCAAGCUUCGGACAGCAGGCGCCAGGAUUUGGAAACGCUCAGUCGACUUCUGGAGCCACGACUUCCUUAGGGCAACCUCAGCAGAUAGGUUUUGGACAGUCUGUAUUUGGAAAACCAGCAACUACCACUGUUGCUGGCAGUAUUUUUGGCGCAACUCCGACCCAGAGUAGAGGAUUUGGAUCUGAAUUCACUUUCAAGCCGGCCAGUGAAGUUCUUUUCAAGCCCAUUUUCAGUGGCAGUCCUGAGCCAGUUCACUCACAAACCAUGUCCUUGUCCAGCUUACCUUUCAGCAGCGCCACUGAAAAGACAAGUUCAAGCACUACUAGUAGCAGCACCAUCACUGGAUUCUCAGGGGCAAAAUCUGGGUCGCUGGGCUUCAGUUUCUCUCCAUCCGUUCCAGUCCAAAACAACCCACUAACUACAGCCAGCAAUAGCGGCCCUACCAGCGCUUUGCAGUUCACAUUUUCCCAGCCUGGUGCACCCUCUACUUCUAACACCAAUGCACCCGUCACCCAGCCUAAAACACCAUCCACUUUCAGCUUUUCAAGCAAAACCUUCCAACCUCAGACAGCACCGCUUUUUGGAGGAACCGGCAUAGUUCAACCGUCCGCUUUCUCAGACAAUAAAUCUAAAGUUGAGUCCACUUCGGACGAUAAAACGACGCAGGAGGGUGACGCGAAUAUAUUUUCGCAAUUUCGAAAAGGUGUGAAACGUAAAGAAGAGCCUACAACAAGUGCAUCCCAUGCCAUUCCGGAAGCUGUUCAAGAGGAGGAGGAAACAACAGAAAGGUCUACGCCAAGGCAGCCCCAAAAGAGGGCUUUGAUGAGGACUCGUCCUCCUGCAGGGUUAUUCAGCAGAGCGCUAAGUGGACUGCGAAAAGCGUCAACUCCCCCAAUUAGGAAAGAGGCAAAGGAGCCUCUGCAACAGAAACAACAGCUAAAGGAGCUGAAGAGCGAGCAUCCCCAAGUGCAGCAUGAACGCAUAACUGCUGGCGCGCAAACCCAAAACACUGAGGUCUUGGAAAAAGCCGAAGAGUCAGAUUCACUACACCUCCAAGAACUGAUGGCUGAAACCAAGACGCCAAAGAGAACUGCCAGACGAAGUGAGAGCUCGGACAGCCUCAGUGGGACGUCUCCUACUGAUUGCACCGUCAUUCAGUGCAGGAAUAUGCCCCCGGCACUCAACAAAAGAGACAUCAUUGUGAAGCAUUUUUCUCGCUUUGGCAAAGUCUGCAAGGUUUUCUGCCGACCUGCAAGGAAGACGGCAAUCGUGCACUUUGACAAUCACGCAUCUGCAGCCAAGGCAAAGAAGAGAGGGAAACACUUGCAUCAGCAUGAACUCCUCCUCUUGUGGCAGAAAAAGAAGCAAAGUCCAGGGGACAAAACUGGCAGACCUGCGGCAAGAAAAAAGGAGGAUGAGAGUAAAAUCCAGGAUGAUUCAAAAAUCAAGGUUUCAUCUCCUUUAAUACGGCCCUUACCUGGCAGCAACUUCAGUCAUAGCUCACCAGUGAAAAAGACACCAAUUUGCAAGUCUCUCCAGUUUGAAUCCGAACUUCAGAAAGAGAAUGUCACAAUGACUCCGAGCUCUGAGUGCCUCGCCCCCCUCAUUGGUAUCGUGGCUGAGACAUCUGAGGACAAGUAUCGCCUCUUAGAGCAGAGGGACAAAAUUCUGCGGCAAAGUCGACCCAAAAGUACGGACAUUGACCUCUCUAAGGUGUUUGUGGGGACAUGUCCUGACAUGUGUCCGGAAAAGGAGCGAUACAUGAGGGAAACAAGACAGCAGCUCAGUGUAUAUGAAACCUUACCAAACACUGAGAUGGUGGAUCAUUCAGCAGCCGUCAAAGAGUACAGUCGUUCGUCAGCUGACCAGGAAGAACCCCUUCCUCAUGAGUUACGGCCUUUGCCAGUCCUCAGCAUGACCAUGGACUAUCUGGUCACUCAGAUUAUGGACCAGGGUCAUGAAAACCUGCGAGAUUGGUAUGAUUUUGUCUGGAACAGGACUCGAGGCAUUCGAAAGGACAUCACCCAGCAGCGUUUGUGCUGCCCGGAAACGGUCUCCCUGAUCGAGAAAUGCACACGCUUCCACUUGCAUUGCGCACACCAUCUCUGCGAAGAACCGAUGUCUGUUUUCGACGUUAAGAUAAACAACGAGAACUUGACGAAGUGCCUGCAGAGCCUGAAAGAAAUGUACGAGGACCUGAAGGGCCGUCAAAUUUACUGUCCCCGUGAGGCCGAAUUCCGCCAGUACAGCGUGCUGCUGAAGCUCAAUGAUGGGGACAUCCUACGUGAAGUCCAACAAUUCCGCGAUGAAGUGCGCAACUCCCCGGAAGUUAAUUUUGCAGUGCAAGCAUUUGCCGCACUGAACAGCAACAACUUUGUGCGUUUCUUCAAGCUGGUUAAUACAGCAUCUUACCUGGCUAGUUGCCUCCUCCACCGAUAUUUCAAUCAGGUGAGAGGGAAGGCAUUAAAAACCUUGAACAUUGCUCACACUGUGGGUCCAAGGUCAACUGCUUUUCCAGUCGAGGACAUUGCUCGGAUGUUGAUGUUCUGCAGUGCUAAGGAAGCAACGGUCUUUAUCCAGCAGUACGGACUCAACGUCAACGAGGGGGCCGUCGAGCUGAAUCGGGUAUUCUAUCAGGAACCGGAGCUGAUAUACCAGAAGAAAUCUGCGCUCAUUCAAGCCAAAAUAACGGCUUUGACCGGGGAAAUUGUGAACGGAGGCCCACUUCCCAAUCCUCCCCAGCAUUAUCCUGUCUGCACCUUUGACUCCCAGAACAAAUAUAGAGGAGAAAACCUUGCAGCUGAUCCAUUUAAAGGUAUUUUGCGAUUCAUUGCUCCCAAAGUGGAGGCGAAGGCGCUUCCAAACAUCCAGUUGCAAACUCAGGUUCUACCAGUCAAGCAUCCUGACGUCCCCAGUGUUUUGGGGCUGAGAUCGUCCGUUCCUGAAAAGACUGAGACGAGCGAUUCCAGCAGUUCGGUCCUUCAAGCUGAAUCCCAGCAGCCCAUAUUGCAGCCACCACCCGUCAAAGCGCCAUCACCUGAACCCGAACCUCAGCCUGUCUUCAGUGAUGAGGACAUCAUGGCUGAGGUGGACAGUUUGAUUGACGAAAUGGUGGAGGCGGCCGCAAGGGAGGUUGCGGCAGAUGGAGCCAGUUAUGUCACAGCGGCUCUUGCUGAGAGCUCUCUGCAGGCAGAGUCUGUACUAAAUGAGGUUUUGGGAGAAAUGCUGCGAGAAAUGUCAAGUACUGAGAUCCACGUAGAGCAAGAGCGGUUAGCCGAAGAAAAACGCAAGAUUGAGGAAGCAAGGAGGAAAGAGGAACACGAGGCCUUUUUGGUCAAGUUCAAACUGUCUUUGUACACAGAGAUCAUGCGGGAAGUAUUAGAAGAGACUAUGACGGAAACUGCCACCACAGUGUUACAGGAAGCAUUGGAUGAGAGAGAGCGCUACAUUGCUAAAUGUUCUCAAGAAGUCUGCACAGAUAUAAUUGAGGAGACUUUAAAAGCAGACAUUGCAGUUCUCGUUGAAGAAAUCCUUGCCGCUGAGCUGCAACGAGCUCACAAAUACAUUAAAAGGUGGCGUGAUGUGGUUGCGGUGCGCCGACAGCUGAAAAGACAGAUGAGAGGCUUCCCAGCGGCUCCUUGCUUCGUGGACCCACGCUUUAAAUUGAAGGCGCUGGCUCCGAGCGCUCCGGCGCAGCAGUCUUUAGAGGAUCUGACUCGUGGAACGGUAGACCUGGGAAACGGAGGAAGAUUAUCGCUGUCCAGUACAAGGGUCUUGAAAAUGAGAUGUUCAGCAAUCCACCAAAUGAGAGUGCAAUACUACUUUCAGCAGCUUCUGGAGGAGUUAGUGUGGGCACCACUCGACCUGCCAGCACUAGUUGUGGAAAAUCUCCACGAUCCACCUGAUAGAAUCUUCUGGAAAGCUCUUGUCCUGUUACCUAGCGACCAUGAAAGUGUUGCUAGCCUGGCAGACAGGAUUCUGUCAGAUUGGCUAGAAGUGAAGCUUGCUGGCAGCCAGGGUUCAAAGUUCAUGGAGGAACAGCAGGAUGGCACUCUGCAAACCCUCUACUUUUCCAACACAGUCAUGGAGAAUGGACCUCGAACCCAUAAAAUCCAUGUCAGCGUUAAGGUGUCCAGAGGUCCGCUGACUGAAGAUGGCUUAUCUAAAGUUGAGGAAGGCUGCGAGCUGCAAGGAGCGGGAGCGCUGAUCAUGUUACUACCCGCGCUGCCCAUCUCGGAGCCGCAACGAUACGAGCGAGACGUCCCGCUGCUGUCGGCUCUGCUCCAGCUUAAGCAGUUGCAGCAAGCCAGUACUUGGCACUGCUCACUUCCUCUGGUCAUUCUAGUGCCGGGCCCUGAGCGCCAUAUCUGCAACACUCAGAAACUCGAAGAAGAACUGAAACUGCCAAUGCUAGUUAAGGAUGGCCUCAUUUCGGAAUAUACGUUUUUGUUCAUACCAGAAACCACAAAUGAUUUGCAGGGAUCCAAACAGCUAAGCUACGCUAUGCGUUGGCUUGUACCCCGGGCGCCCCCGCCCGUCCCUCUAACCUGCCAGACACUGGCCCAGCUCGUCGAGGCCGGCUUGAGUCGCGAGUUCAGCCGCCGAGUUUCAGAUGACCGCCAGGAGCGCCUCGCCGCCGGUCUCUCGCCACAGGAUCCCGCCGCCGUCGUUCAGCUGUACAACGCAGUCAUCGGUCACAUUGCUGACAAAGUGUCGUCGGAGGAACUUUCCAAAAUCUCGUGGCCGCCCGGAGAGUUCUGCAUGCCCGAGACGGGAGAACUUGUUCCACAUUUGAGCUGGAACGCAGGCCCGCACCUGGCCUGGUUGCGGAAAGCUGUCCUCAAUUUGCAGCUGCCGCAAUGGACGCAACUUUCAACUACAGACACCUGGUCUGAGCUGUGCUCGGGAAUCUACGGCUACGCCGAUCAGAUCCUAGCGACGCGUGGAAGUCAGCCCCUUUUUAUGUCACGUCUCGAAAAUCUACUCGAACGGGCCAGAUUCAACGCGAACCGCAGGAGAACUUCCCUUUCCGAGCGAAGCUCGGACUUUUUGGGUGAUACACACCAAGCUAUCUCCUCGGCGUAUAGUCAAAUCCCUUGGGUGGACGUGCUGGUCAUCUGCAUUGAGCACAAACUGAAAGACUGGCCUCUCCCUGGACCGCCAACCUGCGAAGAUGCUAUCACAGAAGAUGGGGAGAUCCUAGUUUACUAUCUGGACGGGUCAUUGAAGGGCUUCCACCCGCCUGAGGAAUGGAACGAGGCUGUCAGAAUGACCCACAGGGAGAAACAGCGAGAUCAUAAAGGGACAAGUUCAGCAGCCUGCGCAACACCUGACAGCCUGUCAAUUAGGCUGAAGUUGUUUUCAAGCGUGCUGGAGCCUGCGGAGGCCCGUGAAGCCCCUCUGGACAUAUCCCAUACCGCCACAGCGUUAGAAGCGCUUACCCACAAGGUGUUCCGGACCUUGGAGGAGGAGAAGGCUGAAAGCUUAAGGAGCACACAACAGCUCCAGCGUUGGCUUGACGGUGGCGAUUGUUUGGAACAGUGGCCCGCAUCCCUUCUUCUCCCAUCCUCCAUUCUACUCUCCAUGCCUACUCUUCUGAAGCAUGGACCAUCAGCCAAGUCUUCAGAUACCGCCUUCACAAAGGAAGCUCACCGACUUGAGCCACUGAAGAAAGACAAGCGUUCCCAGAGGAGUCGUUUGUCCUUGACCGAGCGAUUGCGAGAGCUUCAGCAGCAGAUUGGAGCUAGCCAUGAAGAAGAAUUGGCUUGCAAGUUGAAACUGAGUGCAAUGAUGAGCAUUGUUGAAGACUGA